UGUGUGAUUUUGUUGUCAGCACAUUCAACUUUGUACAGAACAAAGUAUUCAAUGAGAAUGUUUAAUUUAUUCAGAUGUAGUAUGUGUUAUUUGAGUGUUCCCUUUAUUUUUUUGAGCAGUGUAUAAAGCAGAGCUGGAGGCAGAGUGAAGAUUGCUACCUUGUUACUUAAAACUAAUCUAUUCUGCUGAAGGCAUGGAUCAAUAAGAAGAGCAAUACUUCACAUGAAUCAGACUGAUGGCAAAUGAAUGAAGUCUGAACACUGAUCACAAUCCUACCUGUUUAUUUACUUACAGCUCCCUGUCUGUAGAUAAGACAACAAUUGUCAACAUCAAUCAAUAUAUACACACACUGCUUUUUUUUAUUUAUAAAUAAAUAAUUAAAGGCACAGUAAAGUCAGACUGAAUGGAGGACAUCUUGAAACAACACAACACAUGAAUAGGCUUUGAUCUAACCCAUCCAGCUGUAGCUCUGGCUGUAAGUUUAGGAUCAUUAUUCUGCUGGAAGGCCCCUCUAAAAGGUUUUUUUUUUUUUUCCAGGAAUGCCCUGUAUUUAGCUUCAUUGAUUUUCCCAUCAAAUCUUACCAGCUUCUGUUUCUUUACUGAAGUGAAGGAUCCCCAAAGCAUGAUGCUGCCACCACAAUGUUUUACUGUGGGGGGCGGUGUGUCCAUGUUAAUGUGCAGUGUUAGUUUUGCUCCAUACAUAGUGUUGUGCACGUAGGCCGGACGUUCAGCUUUUGUUUUAACUUCUGAAGACUGAAGUCCAGGGAUUUAUUUAAGAUAAUUACAGUAAAAGGGGCUCAAUACAAAUCCAUUCUGUACUUUUUGGAUUUUAAUUUGUAAAAAAUGCUUGAAACAAUGUCUCAUUUUCUUUCUAUUUCAUUAUAAUGUUCCUAAUUGUGUUUGUCACAUAAACUCAAUAAAUUACACUGAAGUUGGUUGUUGUAACAUGACAAAAUGUGAAAAAGUUAAAAUGAUAUGAUUACUUUUGUAAGCCACUGUGCUUUCUGUGCACCAGGUGAGCUAGUGAAAGAUUACAGAUCGUUUCUGCUACAUCUUUGGCACUUUGAAAUCUGUACAAGCCCCGAUCAUUGUGUAAUAUUGUGUAUUAUUGUAUACUUUACUGUAAUUGUUUAGCUCUUGAAACUUAAUCUUAAUUUAGAAACUCUUGUGUGGUACUUUUUUAAGGAAAAUUAUGAUGUUAUAAAUAAUUGUAUAAUUCCUAUGUUGUUACAUGUUUUGGUUUGCACUAUCAAGAUACAGCUAGUGAAAAUACUUGUUGUCGCUGUAGUGAAAGUAUUUUCAUAUUGAGUAUAUAUGCAGCACAUUGUGGUGUGUUUUUUUCUUAUAAGAUCAUGACAGUAAUGGAAGAAGAAUAAAAGACGAAGGUUGAAGAAUUUGAUGUCAAGGUUCAAACAGUAAUUUUUUUUUUAGGUUUAGAUAUCAUAGCAGAAAAGAAAGAAGCUGAAUCCAGCUCAGCUAGUGACCACAUGUCUUUGAGCUCAAGUCUCUCUUUUCAUUCAAUCCUCAGAUGGUUUUGUUAAAGAGCACCCUAACUGUAAAGAGGAUGUUCUGAGUAAUAUUCAUGUGAGUCCUAAUUUCUCUGUAAUCUCACAUGUACUCCACAAACUGUUUGCAAACUGCAGCUUUUUUUCCGCACGGAGCAACUUCUCUGAUCGUUGACUCUAAAUAUCUGUGUGAUAAUACGUCAUCUUGGCACCAAGUGCCAGAGAAACGGAUAAAGAACUUAAAGACAUUUUUUAAAAUCAGUAUGCAUUACAGCUCCAUCCUUUUUAUCGGCAGUGUACAGCAUCCUGUUGAUUUGCUACACUGACAUAAAAUCUGAUUUAUUUCAUAAAAAUCCUGAAAAACGACAACAAGCACAGCUGCAGCCUUUCCUCCGGCAGCUGAUGUUGUUAAAGCUGGCUACGCCUGAGAGAAAUCAAUGAGAGAGAAAAGGACAGAGCCAUAUAGCAGAGAUAAUAAGCCUGCAUGGAGCAACAAAACGGGCUCACACCAGCUGUGGGUUUAUACUACUUUUUUAUUUCCAUCAGUUGACGUAUACAUAUUGAGAAAAUGAACUUGGAGCUUCAAAAUGCCUGUUGAAUUUUUCCAAAAACCAUGUUUUUAGCAACACGAGUGUUUUUUCUGACAUGGAUAUAUCCUAGACAGAUCUUCAGUCAUAACUGCAAAGGUCAACUUGCAGUCACAUGUUUGCAUGGUAGGACACUGGAGUACGCAGAGAAAAUCAACCUUUCACCCAGAGGUAAUUACCAAGCCACCCUGGUGCCUGUUAAAACCCUGUGUUGUUGACAAAAAUUAUAACAAUAAUAAUAAAAUUGCUCCAGUGUGUUAUUUGAAAGAUCCCUAAAGUUCCCCAGCAAUACACACCGAUCCUCCAUGCUUCACAUAAGUGCAGAGAGCUGAACAAAAGUGUGGCCUAAGGAGACUCUUGCACAACAGGCCUACUGUUGACAAAAAGAUAAGUUCCUGUGUACUGAAAGGCGUACCUAGUGGGACAGCGUGCAGAACCUAACAGGCGUGCUGUGAGUAAAAAUCUGAUUCUGUUCAUUAAACCAUGAAGUUAGAUUAAAUUUCUCAGUAAAAGCCACUGACCCACUUCAGAUGGUAUUUAUAAGUGAACAUGAGCGCAUUCAGGCUGCAGCAACUGAAGAGUCACAUUCUGUUUGAAAGUAAGAUCGCAGCUAUGUCAGGCUCACCUAGUCCUCUUACCACCCAUGUGCUGAACACUGCACUGGGUGUCCCAGGAACAAACGUGACCCUCAGACUUUAUCAACAAAACACCUCAACCGAUGUCUGGCAGUUAAUAACCAUUGGGACAACAAAUGAUGAUGGACGAUGUCCAGGACUGAUCACACAAGAACAGUUUAAAGCUGGUGUGUACAAAUUGCAUUUUGAGACCGGUCAGUACUGGGCCAGUAUGGGGCAGACCUCCUUCUAUCCCUACGUGGAGAUUGUUUUCACUAUAACUGAUCCGGGCCAAAAGUAUCAUGUCCCUCUGCUUGUGAGUCGCUUCUCCUACAGCACCUAUAGAGGGAGCUAGAGGGCAACUAUGAGGAACCUCCUGAACUUUCCUUCACUUUUAUCCCUGCCAUACUCAAAAUGACAGUGACUACUCCGGAAGUAUUUGUUGAUUUUAUUUCAAUAAAAUUUGUAAUAUUGCAUUCAAAACGUGACCUAAGUCAUUUAAGUGUCAUCAUGUAAAUGUACUGUGCAUGAAUAAAAAAUGAGAUUAAAAUGUA